AUGUUGUUGGGGAAGAGACAGAGACCAGAUAUAAAGAGAACUACUAGUAUGUCGGAGAUAAAAUUCGACUUGAACUUACCAAGCGAACCAGAAGAGCCGUCGGAUCAUCAACAUGUUCAGAUGUUGAGUCCUCCGAGAACUAAGCUCAUGGCCGUUGAUGAACAACGUCAGGUUCAUCAUGGUUUGUUAGAUCAACGACCCUUGGCGAUGGUCUCACCGAGAGGUACACAGAGGAGACACUCAGCAGAUUACUCCACUCACGCCGGAGCAGAUUUUCUAAGAUCUUGCUCUCUCUGUAAACGUCAUCUUGUUCACGGCCGAGACAUCUAUAUGUAUAGAGGAGAUAGGGCGUUUUGUAGUUUAGAAUGCAGGCAGCUGCAGAUUACGGUGGACGAGAAGAAAGAGAAGAGUCCGGUGAGAUCAACCGUCGCCGUCGGUAGCAGCAAAGGAGAGAGAGUUUCCGCCGCCGUGUAGGUCACCUUUAUAUAUGUCUAAAUGCAUUGAGCAUUAUUGACGUGAUUAACCUUGUUAAUCAUCUUCAGCUUUGCUUUAAAACUUAAGGGUUAAGAGUUAAGACUAUGGUGCUUUGCAUAUUAAUU